GGCCGUUAAAGCGCAACAAAUCGCGCCAGACCAGCGUGCAGACGCUCCUUAGAAGUGUCAGAUCCGUCCUGGCGAAUCUGAAGUCGAUCCGGAUGGCACAACAGAUACAUCAGAUCCAGUCGAUCCGGCGGGACUGAGGCACCGUUGCUCUGUGCUUUCUGCUGGGCAUUUCAGUGCCAGAAGGAGGAAGAGGAGGAGGAGGAGGAGGAUGAAGAGGGGCUUAAAAAAACUGCAUUCCUUUAAAAAUUGUGUUAUUCACCGGCAGAUGGAAGGAGGAGAUCGAUAAGUGAGAGGAGCGUCAGACAGCGUGUCUGCAGGUGCCACACAAUCAGAUUCAAGUGCAAGGGACGGCAAACAGGCAGCAUGGAGCUGAUGAAAAUUGCAUUGUCCCUUCCCAUUCUUCUGUGUCCCGCUUGGGCCUUAUCCCAUCACUCCUACCUGGACGGCAUCUUGUCGCCUCACUCAGCGAUGCAGAGGGGCGUCCUCCCAGCCCUCAGGUUCCUGGAUGAGGCGUUGAGGUUUGACCCCUGUUGUCUCAUGUCGCCUCCUCCACCGCCGCUCUUCCCUCCUCCUCCUCGGCUUUGGAAAAGGGGCACACCUGACGCACUGAGCUUAUUGGAACCAACCGUUUUCGGAGGUGAAGGGCCAGAUAAUACACAUGUAACCCCAGAGUGUUCACCAGGACCCCCAGGACCUCCAGGACCCCAGGGUGAAAUUGGAUUGCCUGGUAUAAGGGGACCAAAAGGGAGAAAGGGAGAAAUUGGACGUCCGGGGGCAAGGGGCCGUCCUGGUGCUCCCGGUCCUCCAGGAACACCAGGAUUUCCAGGAUUUCCUGGUCCACAAGGACCCAAAGGAGAAAAGGGAGACCCGGGACUCAUGGGUUUACCAGGGCUGCGAGGUCCGCCGGGAACAAAGGGUUUACCUGGUUACAAAGGUGACAAGGGCGACCGAGGCGACCGCGGCUCUGCAGGACCAAAAGGGGACAAGGGUUCAAUUGGUUUGCCUGGGAUGCUCGGGCAGAAGGGUGAGGCGGGCCCAAAGGGAGAGCCGGGUGUUUCUGGGAAGAGAGGACCAACUGGGAGACCAGGGAAAAGAGGCAAACAGGGUGUCAAAGGGCAUUCAGGGGCCCCAGGUGUCAUGGGACCCCCAGGACCUGCAGGUCCCAAUGGCCUUCCUGGCCCACCUGGGCCUCCAGCAUCAGGUCUCUACUUGGUGGGGGAGAAAGGAGAGAAGGGCCUCCCUGGACCACCAGGUCACUGUGACUGUGAUACUGUAAUUGGAUCAAAUAAUGCCCCCUUUGGAAACUACUACACGACGCGACGAGGCGUCAACAAACUCACUGCUAUAUUUGUGGUGAACAGCGAGGAGGAGAUGGGCCGCCUUCAUGUUGAAAACGCCAUCGUACUAAGGAAAGAUAAGCGGAUGCUUUACUAUAAGGAUAAAGACGGCUGGAGCCCCAUACAGCCCUUUCAGCCAUUCCAGUCCACGGAGACCAUCCCAGACAGAGUAGGUGUGUGUGGGGACGGGAAGGUGCAGAUCCAGCACGGGGAAGAGUGCGACGACGGAAACCAGAUCGUCACAGACGCUUGUCUCAACUGUAAGUGGGCCUACUGUGGAGAUGGAUACCGACAUGAGGGUAUAGAAGAGUGCGAUGGGAAAGAUUUUGGUUACCAGACCUGCAAAUCCUAUCUUCCCGGGUCCUUUGGGCAGCUUAAAUGCACCGAGUCCUGCCUCAUUGAUUCUACUGGCUGCAAGUACUUCACCUGAAUACAGAAGGCCUCCCUGAAUGCAGAAAUCGUACUUCAGUACUUCCUCUGGAGUAUCAAAGCUUUGAAACAAACAAGUGAUGCACUGAAAGACUGCACUAAAGCGAAGCUGAUGUGCCUGCUCCGAGGCAUGAAAAGUCAUGGAAGAAUGUUUUUUUUUUUUUUCUGUCACAUCAACUGUAGUACCCUCCACACCUUGAGGUUUGGUCUUGAAUGUGCCUCCGAGAACAGCUCCACGGGCUGCAGCACUGUUAUAAAAUCAUUAGUGAUGGUGGGAAACAUUCUAAGGAUGUAAUAAUCAUACCAUGUCAAAUACUUACACUGUUUAAGACGUGCUGACUGUUAAUGCAGAAAUAAGCUAUGUGCUCUUUCCCACAAGACGUUAAAAAAGGGUUGUAUCGUAUUGCAGUAUGCAAACCUAAGGCGCCUGAAUGUUCUUACUCCUGUGCAAUGUAUAACAAAACACGUGUUUAUUAAGUGCAAUGUCGUGAUAUUGCAUGCAAAUGUGUAUAAGCGCACAGAAGACUGCUUUAUCUGUUCAGCCCUGUAGCCAUAUUGUGUCCCCUCUAGCAGAGGAAUUGCAAACAAUCCGACAGGAAAACACGAAUGUCCUUUAGCAAAAACAUAGUAAUGACAUACGGUUACCGAAGCAGCAUGAUGUAUGAAUGUAAGUGUACAUUUGAUAAGACAAUAACACCAAUAAAGACUUGAUCUUCAUGUCGGGGGCUUGUGUGGAAAGCAGCCAAGCAGAAGAAAAAGAUCUGCAGCAGCUUCCUAACGAUAUUCCUGUAAAUAUUCCUGCACUUGUUGCUUUUCUCGUUCAAAGGAAGGAUCUCUGCAGCACAGGAACACAGUCCUGUUCCUCACCGGCAACAAACAUAAAGUCCAAUGAUUUAUUCUGCAACUAUUGUAUUGAGAAUAUUUAAAUGGAGCGAAAAAUAAUGCUCUUUACCAUUUUGUUCAAAUGUCUGUUAUCCUGGUUAUAUUAGAGAAAGUGAUUAUUAAAUAAAUAUUAAU